CCUUGUCUUUGGUUGCUUGAUUUUGUCAGUGUUUUCCACCAUCCCUGAGCACACAAAAUUGGCCUCAAGUUGCCUCUUGAUUCUGGAGUUCGUGAUGAUUGUCGUCUUUGGUUUGGAGUUCAUCAUUCGAAUCUGGUCUGCGGGUUGCUGUUGUCGGUAUAGAGGAUGGCAAGGAAGACUGAGGUUUGCCCGAAAGCCCUUCUGUGUUAUAGAUACCAUUGUUCUUAUCGCUUCAAUAGCAGUUGUUUCUGCAAAAACUCAGGGUAAUAUUUUUGCCACGUCUGCACUCAGAAGUCUCCGUUUCCUACAGAUCCUCCGUAUGGUGCGCAUGGACCGAAGGGGAGGCACUUGGAAAUUACUAGGUUCAGUGGUUUAUGCUCACAGCAAGGAAUUAAUCACAGCUUGGUACAUAGGAUUUUUGGUUCUUAUUUUUUCAUCUUUCCUUGUCUAUCUGGUGGAGAAGGACGCCAACAAAGAGUUUUCGACAUAUGCAGAUGCUCUCUGGUGGGGCACAAUUACAUUGACAACGAUUGGCUAUGGAGACAAAACUCCCCUAACUUGGCUGGGAAGACUGCUUUCUGCAGGCUUUGCGCUCCUCGGCAUUUCUUUCUUUGCACUUCCUGCCUGCGUUUGGCGUAGUUAUGCAGCUGAUGAGAAAUCCGUUUCCAUCGCAACCUGGAAGCCACACUUGAAGGCCUUGCACACCUGCAGCCCUACCAAGAAAGAGCAAGGGGAAGCAUCCAGCAGUCAGAAGCUAAGUUUUAAGGAGCGAGUGCGCAUGGCUAGCCCGAGAGGCCAGAGCAUUAAGAGCAGACAAGCCUCGGUAGGUGACAGGCGGUCCCCAAGCACCGACAUCACUGCUGAGGGCAGCCCCACCAAAGUGCAGAAGAGCUGGAGCUUCAAUGACCGAACCCGCUUCCGGCCCUCGCUGCGCCUCAAGAGUUCUCAGCCAAAACCAGUGAUAGACGCUGACACAGCCCUUGGCACUGAUGACGUAUAUGAUGAAAAAGGAUGCCAGUGUGAUGUAUCUGUAGAAGACCUCACCCCACCACUUAAAACUGUCAUUCGAGCUAUCAGAAUUAUGAAAUUUCAUGUUGCAAAACGGAAGUUUAAAGAAACAUUACGCCCAUAUGAUGUCAAAGAUGUCAUUGAACAAUAUUCUGCUGGUCACCUGGACAUGUUAUGUAGAAUUAAAAGCCUUCAAACACGUGUUGAUCAAAUUCUUGGAAAAGGGCAAAUCACAUCAGAUAAGAAGAGCCGAGAGAAAAUAACAGCAGAACAUGAGACUACAGAUGACCUCAGUAUGCUCGGCCGGGUGGUCAAGGUUGAAAAACAGGUACAGUCCAUUGAAUCCAAGCUGGACUGCCUACUAGACAUAUAUCAACAGGUCCUCCGCAAAGGCUCCGCCUCAGCCCUCACUUUGGCCUCCUUCCAGAUCCCACCUUUUGAAUGUGAACAGACAUCUGACUAUCAAAGCCCCGUGGAUAGCAAAGACCUGUCCAGUUCCGCACAGAACAGUGGCUGCUUAACCAGAUCAGCUAGUGCCAACAUCUCCCGAGGCCUGCAGUUCAUUCUGACGCCAAAUGAGUUCAGCACUCAGACUUUCUACGCGCUUAGCCCUACUAUGCACAGUCAAGCAACACAGGUGCCAAUGAGUCAAAGUGAUGGCUCCGCAGUGGCGGCCACCAACAACAUUGCAAACCAAAUAAAUGCGGCACCUAAGCCAGCAGCCCCCACAACUUUACAGAUCCCGCCUCCUCUCCCAGCCAUCAAGCAUCUGCCCAGACCAGAGACCCUGCACCCAAACCCCACAGGCUUACAGGAAAGCAUUUCUGAUGUCACCACCUGCCUUGUUGCCUCCAAGGAAAAUGUUCAGGUUGCACCGUCAAAUCUGACCAAGGACCGUUCUCUGAGGAAAAGCUUUGACAUGGGAGGAGAAGCUCUGUUGUCUGUCCAUCCCAUGGUGCCCAAGGACUUGGGCAAGUCUUUGUCUGUACAAAACCUAAUCAGGUCCACAGAGGAACUGAAUAUACAGCUUUCAGGGAGUGAGUCAAGUGGCUCCAGAGGCAGCCAAGAUUUUUACCCCAAAUGGAGGGAAUCCAAAUUGUUUAUAACUGAUGAAGAGGUGGGCCUGGAAGAGACCGAAACAGACACUUUUGAUGCCAUGCCGCAGCCUGCCAGGGAAACUGCUUUUGCGUCAGACUCUCUAAGGACUGGAAAAUCACAGUCAUCUCAGAGCAUUUGUAAGGCCGGAGAAAGUCCAGAUGCCCUCAGCUUGCCUCAUGUCAAACUGAAAUAAGUUUCUCAUUUUCUUUCUAGGCGUAGCAGUUCCUUUAGCCAUACAUACCAUUGCAUGAACUAUUUUGAAAGCCCUUCUCAAGUUGAAUUUGCAAGAAAUCAGGAAGAACAUGAAAGGCAGUUUAUAAGCCCAUUAUCUUUUAAUUGCAUGAAAAUGCAUGUUUCCGGAUGGCUGAAAUUCCAAGGUACAUCAGCAGUAACCCCGCUCAUUUAGUAACUGUACCUUGAGUUAAAAACCCUGAGAAACCAAACACUGCUAAUGCUGUGGGGUGUAUGCAAAUUAAGUCAUUUAGAAGAUUUGACUCUGUAUUUUGAAAUUCUGGGAGUAAACACCUUCAAAUUUCAGCCAUUUCUGCUUUGCGAUUAAAGACAAAAUACAUUUUCAAAAUUAGGCCAUAAUGUAUAUUUCAACACAAUGGCUGUCAUCAAUGGCUGCUAACAAGGUAUUGAGUAAAGCAGAAUUCAGGAAUGAUAGAAAUGGCUGCUUAUUUCAAGAUAUAUUUGCCAACCCAUUCCUAUUCAGUCAUGUUAUUAUUAAUUAAUGUAAUUUGAAUGUCAAUGUGUGUGCUUUUGGUGAUUUAACGCUGUGGCAAGCAAUUUUGCACAUCAUUUUCAUGUUGUUCUUUAUGACGAGAAUGUUCUUCAAUUAGAAAAUGUGCAAAUCAUGAAAUUCAGGGCCCGGGGGCAUUUAGACUGACUAUUUGACACAUUUGACUUCAUGGAAACAUAUUCCCUAGUGGCUGAAUCAACUUUAUAAAUGGUCAACUUCCAUACAAGCAAGUGAAAUACUGAUCAAUAGCAUGGCCAGUGUGACUGGGCUGCUCUCUCUGCAAUGGCGCCACCCCAGGCUCGCCAGUACUGCCCACAGAAUGGGGAAGCAUACGGAGCUAUCCCCCCUGAGCUGAUACACAGGCAGGAUCCCAGGGAAUGAGGCAUGUGAGUGAGGCUGAGAUGGGAAAGGCUUGAGAAGAACCCAGACGCAACACCGGGAAGUAAGUGACGUUCAAGAAAAUGACUUCCCCUCAAAGGGGGAUGAGAGGGAGAGAGACCAAAAUCAAAGAACUCAAUUUUUUUUAGAAAAUGAAUACUGCUAAGGAAUUCAACUACCUAAACGUCUUAUUCUUAUAUAUAUAUAUAAACAGAAUUUUGCAAGGUAUUUAUUUUUUAAUAUGCCCUGAAUGUUUUUUGCUAUUAUGUAGUACAUUUUGCAUAUGAAAGGCUCAAACGAAACCUCCUUUACCUUUUAUACCAUAGUGAACAUUUUCUAUUCUCCCCCAAGAAUGUUGCCCCAAAUCUGAAAUUAUUGUUUCGGCUUCCUGGCAGAAACAUUUACAGUUGGAAGCCAGGUAACACUGGCAGGGUCUGCAAAUCAAAACACAUCAUCAUAUACACUGACAGCAAAAAGCCCAAGAGAAACACAAUGAAAAAUUUCUGACCUGAAAACAAGCAAUGAAUGCUGACUGCUCAUUAGAAACCAGGCUAGCAGUCUCAGACAGGUAGAACUUCAGCCAAGGUGAUGGCCUUCAAAAGGCAGGGAGAAGUGAGACGGCACUUCAGUUCAGUUCAACUCCAGCCACAGAAGGACUUUUAAAAAGCUCCCCCACCCCCUACACCUUGACAGAUAGUGCUGCCUCUGGAAAAACUUCUCCAGCCACCCAGAGAAUGAGCAAGGAUAUCAACUAGGCACCCAAAGACAGGAGGAGGCCCUGAAAUCCACCAGUCCUUCCCAGCUCCCUCCCACAACUGGCCUUCUCCAUCCCUGAGUCUUUCCUUAUUUUUCUGCUCCGUUAACUAUUUACCAAUUCCCUGCCACUAUUUUGCUUCUGAACUUCACCAGGCCUUAACCAACUUCCAUCCCCAAGUAAACCACUUCUCCACUCUACCUAAAAUGUGCUUCUCGACUUUUUUAAAUCCUUGUCCCUUUUGAUAGACACUGAAAUUUUGAAAGCUCCCUCUUCUCACCCACCCCUGAAUGCUAGCACCCUCCCCUGGGGUGUAUUGUUCAGAAUCUUCUUGGCUGCUAGAGACAUGCAGAAAAUAGAGUCUAAAUUUUCCACUCCUCUUAAAAAGAUUUUAUCACGCUUUUAAAGCAAGUAUUUUCAUUUUGGAAACGCAGACUCUUAGUAAAUUAUUAAAUGCAAUUUUUAAUCUACCCAUGUCUCCACUCAACCUGAAAUUCUGAUACACCCUCCAGCAGGGAUUGCGCGCGCGCACACACACACACACACACACACACACACACACACACAUACGCACGCACCUCCACUGACAUAAAGCCAGACACCUGCCAGGCACUCAGAGGAAGAGGAAGGAGGUAGCAACUUUCAGGGAGCACUGAUUCUUGGACAUAUUCUGUCCUGGGUCGAACCCCACUGGCAGCAGGAAUUCUGAAUGUAUUGGGGACCCCUCCAGAGGCCUCUUUAGGCCUCAAACACAGUACAGUUCAUCCAGCAUUGCUGAAGACAGAAAUUCAGAAACAAAACCUAUAAACAUCACUGAGGUCUUAAUCAUAGAAAAAGGUGAUAAACCGUGUUGUGAAAAACUUUUAGGCAUUGAAGCCAUGACCAUUUUGCGUCUAUCUUAUUCUGGCACAAAAAUCCCUGGAUGUUAAAAGAUAGUUGUAUUGUGUGAAAACUGCAAGGUUCUGUCUGUUGUGUUACUACUUUCUGUGGAGUUGCGGGGUCUCCCAUUUACACUUAGCAAAGUCCCAUUGGUCAAUCCCAAAUGGCGUCUUGAAGCACAGUUUAGCUGAGCACUCAGCAGCCAGCCACAUGCUUUCUCAGUUGAAGUUGUCUGCCUUCUUCAACAUGCAGGGUUGAUCAAGCUGAUAUUUAAUUGCAAACAUCCCUGAUAUGAGGUUAACUAAAAAAUGUUGCUAUGUGUGACCUAAAUGUUUGCAUUGUGUUCAACUAAAUUAAUAUCUGUACAUAGCAGGUUUGUUUAAAGACAACUUUAUUGAGUUUUAAAGUCUUUAUCUCCUGUUCUAAGGUGCCUUUCUCACCUCCCAUUGACUCAGCAAUUCUGAAAGUUCUUAAUUUGCAGAUAAAACACAUCUAAUAGAAAGGAGGAAAUCAGGCACAAAGUGACUAGUAUCUCAUGCCCGUGUGCAAAGCAAAACUAUAAGGAAUGAUGAAACCUGAGCAACUGAAUUAAUGGAUCACUUACGAAAAUAUCAUAAAUAUUACCUUAUCUCCCCAGAAGCUGAUAUUUUUUGCCUUAAAAUGACUUGGUUGUGUUUUUAUAAGAGAAACUUAAUUUAAUAUAAUUAUGUGCAUUUAAGUGAGCAGUUCUGAAAGUCAUGUAUGACAAUGCAAUUGUCUGUUUCCUGAAAACAAAUAAAUCAGGAAUACCAUAUCCAUUUCAAGCUACCAUUAAAAUGUAAUUUCCUUUGCUCUCUUUUACCGGGAUUAUUUGUUUUAAAGUAAAACAUUAAAAAGAUGUCUAUAAACAGCUAAUGUGACUGUUUUUUAUCUGAAACUAACUGGUUGGUUCUGAACUGACUGGUGGCAGUCAACCAAACUGCCUGUAUACAAAUUUUGAGCUAAAAUAUAAAAAAAUAUUUUUUUGCAAUGUUGCUGAAGAAAUCAUUGGUA